AUGACAGAAAUAAACGAAAAAAAGUUUGAUGAACAAAGUAUUGAAUCAGUAGGUGCAAAAUAUGAUAAACAUAAUCAAGAAUUAAACAAACCUAAAAAAUUCCAAUGGCAUUUAGAUUUAAGUGAACAUCCUCCUGAAAUUUUCAAUUAUACUUUAUAUUUAUCAGUUUUUGUCUUUGGUAUAUUAGGUGCUGCUAGAGGUUAUGAUGAAGGUAAUAUUUCUGGAAAUAUUGUAUUGCCUGCUUUUAAACAAAUGACUGGUUUAGCAGAUACUACAAAAUCUGAAAAUGCUUUGGCAAAUUUGAAAUCAAAUAUAACUUCAAUGGUUCAAUUAGGUUCAAUUGGAGGUGCUAUAAUUGCAAUGAAAUCAGUUGAUUUCUUUGGAAGAGUUAGAGCUAUGCAAGUUGUAUGUGUUCUUUGGAUUAUUGGUACUAUUAUACAAAUUACUUCAUCAACAGUUGGUCAAUUGUAUGCCGGUAGAUUGAUAGAAGGUUUAGCAAUAGGUCAAACUGUUUCAAUUGGUCCAGUGUACGUUUAAAUCUACUUCAUGCUAUUUAAAAAAAAACCCGUACGGGGUAUUUUUAAGUGGUGAACGUGAUUAUCGCGUGAUUAUCUUAAAAUUAUCAACAAUUUUACUAACCUUAAAAGCUAUCUUGCAGAAGUUUCUCCAUCAGUAAUAAGAGGAUUGUGUAAUUCGAUGUUCGCGGGUGCGGUUUACUUUGGAAUCAUGUUGGUACGUUGUUCAGCUUUGUUUGCAUGUUUUAGGGAGUUUUAUUCGAUUACUAACUUGAAAAUAGGCAUAUUUGACAAAUUAUGGUUGUGUUUUACAUGUCCCUGCUCAAAUUGAUGGUCAUAUUAAUCAAUCACAAUGGAGAUAUACAUUAACACCUAAAAUUGUAUUAGCUGGUUUAAUAUUUAUAAUGUCUUUUGUAUUUUGUAUUGAAUCUCCAAGAUGGUUACUUAAAAAGAAUAGACCCGAUCAGGCUAUUGAAAAAUUAUCUAAACUAAGACACUUACCAAAAGAUCAUCCAUACAUAAUUGCAGAAAUUAGUGAUAUUAAUGAACAAGUAAUGGCUGAAAAGGAAGCAACAAUGCAUUCCAACAUUAUUUCAAAUUUCAGAGAAAUCUUCACCAAAAAAUCUAUUGCUUAUCGUCUUUUUGCAAUUACAGGUUUAGCUCAAGUUUUAGGUCAAUGGAGUGGUGCUAAUGCAGUUACUAUAUAUGCGUCAGAAUUGUUUUCUUUAGCUGGAAUAAGAGGUACUGAUACUUUGAAAAUGUCUGCAGUGUUAGGUGUUGUUAAAUUUGUUUCAGCUUAUUUGUGUGCUUUCUUUAUAAUUGAUGUUUUUGGUCGUAAAAGAGCUUUAUAUUCUGGUUUAUCAUUACAAAUGAUUUGUAUUUUAUAUUAUGCAAUAUUUUUAACAAUUGUUCCUCAAGCUAAAGAAACAGAUGCUGUUUUAACAUCAUCUCAAAAGAGAGCUGCAAAGGGUGCAUUAGCCGCUAUAUUCUUAUCAGGUACUGGUUGGACAAUGGGUUUUAAUAGUAUUCAAUAUUUACUUGGUUCAGAAAUUUUCCCAUUAAAUAUCAGAUCAUUUGCACAAUCUUUAGUCAUGAUUUUACAUUUUGGAAAUCAAUAUGGUAAUUCAAAAGCUUUACCAAAAAUGAUGCUUUCAAUGAAUAGUUAUGGUGCAUUUUAUUUUUUUGCCGGUGUUUGUUGUUUAGGUUUAAUUUGGGGAUUCUUUUUACCAGAAUUAAAAGGUAGAAGUUUAGAAAGUAUUGAAGAAGUUUUUACAUUACCAUGGUAUAAUUUAAGAAGAUGUAAUUCUUUAGUACCGGAUCAUUCACAAAUUCAUAAAGUUAGAUUUACAAAUUCAAGAGGUAAUACAGGAUUUGAUCAUGUUCAAUAUAAUUUAGAUACAUCAAAACCAACUGAUGAAUUUAUUGAAGACUUGAUGCGCAGAGAUUCAACAGAAUCUGAUAAAAAGGAAGAUGUCGAAAAGAAAGUUUAG